AUGGCGAUGAAUUUUGUAACAUUUAACCAGGACUACAGCUACCUAGCUGUCGGCACCGCGAAAGGCUUUCGCAUAUUUUCGACCGACCCCUUCGUGAAGAGCUAUGAGACAAAAGAAGGAAAUAUCGCCAUGCUGGAGAUGCUAUUUUCCACUUCGCUUGUCGCAUUGAUUCUCUCUCCUCGUCGGCUUCAAAUCACGAAUACAAAGAUCUACGUCUAUGAUAUCCAGACGAUGAAACUGCUGUACACGAUUGAAACAUCACCAAAUCCAAACGCUAUUUGCGCUCUGUCUCCAUCGUCCGAUAAUUGCUAUCUUGCCUAUCCGCUUCCGCAAAAGGCUCCUCCUCCAUCAUUCACUGCUCCUACCCACACUCCUCCAGGGAAUUCACACAUUGCUCCUACGAAUGGAGAGGUGUUGAUUUUCGACGCCCAAAAGCUUGAAGCCAUCAAUGUUAUAGAAGCGCAUCGAUCACCACUGUCGUGUAUCUCAUUGAACAAUGAUGGCACCAUGCUUGCUACCGCAUCCGACAAGGGCACAAUUCUUCGUGUCUUUUCAGUCCCUGACGGCCAUAAGCUGUAUCAAUUUCGCAGAGGAUCGAUGCCAUCGACGAUUUAUAGCAUGUCAUUCAACACUACAUCUACCCUGCUCUGUGUCUCAUCUGCUACGGAGACAGUGCAUAUCUUCAAACUGGGCCACCAAGGAACAGCAACCGGCUCUCCCGGUUCAACUGGAAGCGCGAGCAGUUCACCACCAGGAAACCGUCCGCGUGAAACUUCCGGUAGUAAAGGGCCGGAGAUGGAUGGAUUCCUAGGACGCAAACACGAUGGUACGUUCAUGGGGUUAAUAAGACGCACUUCACAGACACUCGGAACCUCAGUUGCUGCCACGGUAGGCGGAUACCUACCUAAAGGUGUGACGGAGAUGUGGGAGCCAGCACGCGAUUUCGCCUGGAUCAAACUGCCCAAGCAUACUGCAAAUGCGCAGGCACGGUCCGGGCCUGUGAGAAGUGUUGUUGCAAUGAGUAGCAAUACGCCCCAGGUGAUGGUGGUGACGAGUGAUGGUGUCUUCUACGUCUUCAACAUCGAUCUUUCGAAAGGCGGCGAGGGUACACUGACUAAACAGUAUUCGUAA